AGCUCUAGCGCCAAGGAUGUCGGAGGCGGCAGGACGCAAUGCCUUAAUCUCUGAGGAAUUGCGAAAGCUUAUUCCCUUGAUAAUAUCUGAGAGACAAGAGAUAACGCCAGUUGAACUCUGCAUCUAUGAGGAGUUCGCAUGGAGCAAAAUACGUAACCUUCGCUGUUUAAGCACCAAUGGCCAUGCUGUGCGACGGACACUAGAGGCCUUGGUUGAGCGCUUCCAUAAUGAGAGUAUGGCCAUUUUUGGCGAUGCACUGCGCCAUCUGUAUAGUUUAUUCCUUGAGCAACCCAACUGGAAGGAGGAGAAUAUCGAAGUCGAUCUGCAAUGGUCGAUUUUGGAUUUUCUCCUGGCCCUGACGACAGAACCCAUACAAAAUGUGCGCAGGAAUCGCUUGGAAAUGAAUGAGACGCGUUUGGCUAUACUGCAGGCAGUUAAGAUGAUGACUCACGGUUCGGAUCCAGUCAGACACUGGAAGGAGGUGGACGACGAGGACGAGUAUGUGGAAAGUGAUGAAUUUGUUGUGCCAAGUGCCAGGUUAUAUGGCAAUAGCUCAGAGAGCUUAAGUGAAUGGUCGGACGAUGCAGUAUCCGAUGAAUCAAAUAUAGCAGCAUCGUCUAAAGAUAAUCUAACAAGUCCCAGUAGCAAACUUGUUUUAGUUCCAGCGUCCAAUACCCUGCCAUCAUCUACCGUCCGUAUUAAUCAGCCAUUAAGUGUGUAUCUCGGAAAUAAUGGACGAGACAGUUCGUUUUGGUGCAAAUUGCCCAAACUUUCGCCUCUUCAACCGCCGCGUAUGUUUUCGCAAUAUGAAAUUCAUAUUCGCGACGAGAAUCUGGUGCCACGGCUCAUCCAUUCGCAUUGGUGGCGCAGUGACAUUAAGGUAGUUUCGCAACCUCAGAGUACCAAUCCUUUGGCCAAUUUUGCCAUAGUCUACGUAGAGUAUUUAAAUAAAAAAUCAUAUGGCAUGCUACAUUAUCCAUUGCCCAAUACAACCUCAGAGAAAUGCCUGCUACGGGAGAUAAUCUUUAUGUUCUUUAAUCCCACGAGUUGUUGUUUCUUCGAGGUGGAGCGAACUAAUCAGCGACGUAGUAUUAAAGUCCGCAGCAAUGUGACCACUUGCAGUGUGACAGCGUCGACCAUGAAGGACGUAUUAGAAGAGGAGGUGCUUCCAGCUUUGAUAUCAAUGAUGGAUCUCCGUCAUAUCAUAUCGGAAUAUAUGCUAAAUUUUUCCAGUAUUGAGAAUGCAGAAACGGCAAAUGGCUCAAUUGUAAGCACUGGCACUAUGGAAUGCUUUGCCGUAGCUGUGCGUGAUCUCAUCCAGCCAAUCGAGCAGCGUUUAAUCGCCUACGAAGGGAAAGUGAAGGAUAGCAAUGAAACAACAUCGCUUAUUUCGUUUAUUUGGCACAUGAAAAAGGACUUUGAAAUGCUACAACUGCUGCAUCAUUUGGGUACAACAUGCAUAGUGGACACAGCUCCGCCACAUCUCAAGAGUGCCUAUCUGCUGUCGCAAUUGUAUGGCAAUACCAAGCUCUAUGUUCCCCAUCAAAAAUUGGCCACCGCAUUGCUUUUGUUCUCAUUGAAACGGUACUGUGGGAUUAUGGAUGCAUGGUGGCAACGUGCUCACCUAGAGGAUUGGCGCCAGGAAUUUAUUGUGGAACGUCGACAUGGCUUACAGGGCGAAUGUGAUGGCCUGUGGGGUAAUAUACAAGCUCGUGGUCUGCUUUUAGCAGAUGACAAUGAGCAGAAUAACAAGAUCUACAAGCAAUUAGGAACUUGCCCCUUCUAUCGCCUUCUACUGGAUCACGCCCUGGAAUCUGGUGAGACCCAAGAUCUUUUGGCCAGUGUCAAUCGGCUGGGUGAUAUGUUAAGCACCGCUGCCAAUCAAAAUCAAUCUCUGCAUGCCGAGCUAACAGCCCGCCUAUUCUCGGACAUUGGCAUCUAUUGUGGUGCUAAUGCAGAAUUCCUUGGACCGGAGCCGGACAAGCAACAAAUCCAAACGGAAGAGGAAAUCAAGAAAUAUGAUCGUGAACUAAUGCAGUCGUGCUCCAUGAUACAUGAUCAGGAAAUUUUGGGACUACUCACACAGCAUUUAAGCCAUGAAACUGAAGAGGAAACAAAUACAGAAAUUCCGCAUGCUGAAGUCUGUCAAAUCUUUGCUGCUCUGGAGAAAUGCACUAAAUUGCAAUUAAUCUAUGAUUUGCCUCGUUGUUUAGACAAUAUACUACGCGAUCGUCGCAAUCAUGCCAGCGCCUUUGCCAUGCAAUACUAUCGCGAGCAUCUCAAUUUGGCCGAACAUGUGCGUUUCCUGCGGCACAUAAUGUUUCUGGAGGCGGACUAUCUAUUGUAUCCAUUCUAUACUCAACUCUUUCGCAAUAUCGAAUCUGGUGAACCAUGGGCUAAUAGUGCUGUCCUGACAAUGGAAUUAUAUGAUAUUAUCGUUACCCGAUAUCCAGAUAUGGCUGGACAAUUGCAUGUGGAGUUGGUCUCACAAGUGCGGGCCAAAUCGAGUAAAAUCUAUGAGGCAUUGGAUGCCAUUCAACUGGUCUACGAUAUGCCGAUAGCGAUACAAAAGAUUCUCACACCCCGAAUGAUGUCCAUAUACAAUUCCAUUUGGCGUCUCAUGCUUAAAGUAAAAUGGGCAGCUUGGAAAUUGGAGAAUUUACGUUUCAUUCGCCGUUCCGAUCCAUAUGCUCCACUUGAUUUGCUUGGCUUGACGGUCCGCCGUUUGGAGAUCUUACGCUUUUGGCUUAACUAUCUAAUUAAUAGCCUACACACACAUCUCUGUACGCAUGUGAUGCAGGCAAUUGGCGAGCAAUUCGAGCGUCAGUUGCAUAAAUGCUCUACCAUUGGCAAGCUAUAUACCCUGCACAAUAAGUAUCUCGAUCUUCUGGCCAAGCAUUGUCUGCUUAGCGAUGAUUUUAUCAAGUUUCGUGUGGCGCUGGAACAGCUGUUGCACUUGAUUUUCGUUCUCGAUAUGGAGUGGGCAAGUUGCAGACGUUAUGUUGGUGAAUCUCAUGCCCUAAGCCUGGAUCUAGAUCUCACUGAAGAGACAGACAAUGAUGAAAAUAGAGAUAUUAAUUGCUUAGAGUAUUUGGCCCUAAAUCAGGUGGUCGAAAUCGAGAACACUUAUAUUAAGUGUCAUCAGACAUUGGCUGAGAUAUUGCAAAAUUUGGUCCAUAAGCAGGAACAUGGAUUCUUGAGUGCCUUGGAAGUGGUCAUUAAUAGCAGUGUACCCUAUUAAAUCGAAUCGAAUCGUAUCGAAUUGUUAAACACAUCAUGAUAGUCAUUAUGUUUAUCAUCAUUACCAUCAUCAUCACUCUUUAUUAUAAUAAAAGCAAACAAAAAUGUUGAGUUUAAUGAAUUGUAACCUAAAAA